AUGCCUGAGGCCGUACCUGUGAGCCUUUCAGAAAGGCUGGAGAGCGUUAAUGAGCGAGAAGAUAAUAAUACGGCGCUCAUCGUUCACCCUCAACGUCGGCAAUCAUGGGUUUGGCGCGCGCUGGGGGUCGCAGGGCUCGCCGUCCUCGUCGCUCCCUUGAUAUCGGUGGCAAGCUGGCUGGUCCCAGGCGAGGCACCUAUUGAUCCUACAAACUAUGCGCUGCGGACGCGGCGAGUGCUACAGUCAACGCCGUUGAUCGAUGGGCACAAUGAUCUCCCGUGGCUACUGCGCAUCGAGCUGCAAAAUCGCAUCUACGACGGCCGCUUCGACCCGACUCAGCGUCUGCUGGGCCACACGGAUAUCAAUCGCAUGAAGCAGGGUUUAAUGGGUGGCCAAUUCUGGAGUGUCCACGUGCACUGCGACAAGGCUCAAAAGCACUUUGAGGACCCGUCGUGGCUGGUGCGAGACACGCUCGAGCAGAUUGACGUCGCAAAGCGGUUUAUUGCUGAGUAUCCCGACAUAUUCACCUACUGUACCACCCCGUCAUGCGUGCGCAAAGCUUUCAAGUCUGGCAAGAUCUCGAGCAUGCUCGGCAUCGAGGGCGGCCAUCAGCUGGGCGGUUCUAUAGCGGCUAUCCGGCAAGCCUACGAUCUAGGAGUACGCUACAUUACAACAACGCACAAUUGCAACAAUGCGUGGGCUACAUCGGCAUCAACGGUAGCGGCAGGGGGCGAGGACCCGGGCCUGACUGCCUUUGGGGCUGCGUAUGUGCGCGAGAUGAACCGGCUGGGCAUGAUGCUAGACUUGUCGCAUGUUUCCCACCAGACCAUGCGCGACGUGCUGUCGCUAACCCAGGCGCCUAUCAUCUUCUCUCAUUCGGGGGCAUUUUCUAUCACACCGCAUCUGCGCAACGUCCCAGAUGACGUGCUCCGGGGCGUCCGCAGGAACGGAGGAAUUGUCAUGGCUGUGUUUGUCAAUCGCUUCCUCAACAUGAAGGAUCCUAGCGCAGUGACUAUCCACGAUGUGGUCGACCACAUCUGGCACCUGGCCGAAGUCGCAGGCUGGGAACAUGUCGGACUUGGCUCCGACUUUAGCGGCACGCCGCACACGCCGGCUGGACUAGAGGAUGUAUCCAAGUUUCCAGACUUGGUCGAACUACUCAUGGCACGCGGGGCCACCGACGACCAAAUACGUCUUCUUGUCGGAGAGAACCUCCUCCGAGUGUGGGCCGAUAUCGAGCGUCGAGGACAGGAGGUACGGGCAGAGGGUUCCAGGCCGGUCGAGGACGAGUGGGAAGGCCGGAAAUGGCACACCCAUUACAGAAGUUCGCCCUACAUGUACCGGUCUACACGGGAGAGGGCUAUCAGGGAGGAAUGGGGCGAGCCCAAUCAGUUCAGUGUCGGGAAAUCCGGCAAACAUGAGCAAAAGGUGGUAAAGGCGGACGAAGACAUAUGA